AUGUCUGGUGGUGCAAGGAGUUUUAACGGAAAAUCCCGUCAAUAUAUAUAUAUAUAUAUCCGUGUUCAUGAUAUAUCGAGAAACUGAGUUAAAUACUGUGCUUCUGCAGUAGUUAGAAAUUUGCGAUUGCGACUAAAAUAAAGAAAAAAAAAUGGUUUUGGGGGCUGCCAUUUUAAAUCUCUCUCUUCGGAGCGGCUGUUCUCGCCAGUUACAGUGGCUGCCCCGCGUCAGGGGCCAUCUAGAGAAGAUAGAUGGGCACGUCAGGGGCCCUCUCUCUCUACGUCUCUCUCUCUCUCUCCCCCUCUCCCUCUCUACGGUCCUGAAAUCCAUGCACGGGAAUUCCGGGCGCCGAGAUAGGGAGGAGCAAGAGCCGCUAAGCACCCCGACCCAAACGCUGCUUCCUAUAAAGAAUGUCUUAAUCUGGCACAUUUUACAGGGUAAGCAUUCUCCUGGUAAUCUAUCUCCGGGAAACCUCCCUCUCUUCCCCCAUUGGUUUAAUAUAUUUAUUGCUCCGGCGCGCAGUCCAAGUUUACGCCAAACAGCCUCACCCGCUUCGCUUUGAUCAACGUGGCCGGCGUAGCCUUCGUCGUCUUCCUCGUCAUCUCCGCCUCCUCGUCCCCUACUCCUGCUCCGCACCGCACCAUUGGUAAGAACACUGACUCUCUCUCUCUCUCCCUCUCACUCACUCGCUCACUAGUCGAGAGAUAUUUAAGUGUACCUGGAGGGCAAGGGGGUGGCGACGGCGAGGUGACGGCGGCGGCGGGGGUGUUGGGUGCGAGCAACCCGCGGCGGCGCUUCCAGCGGAUGUAGAGGCGGUCGGCGGCGCUGCGGCGGCGCUCGAAGAGGACGACGUCGCCAGCAUGGAGGCGCUUCUCCUUGACGAAGCGGCUCCAGCCCUUGGUGAGGACGUAGCUGUGGCUGCUGGUCCAGUAGGAAUAGCGGAACCGCCAGGCCUUGCCGGCCUCGUCUUCGAAGCUCAGCAGCAGCCCCGAGUCGCUGCCGAGGGGAAGGUGCUUCUCCGCAUGCUGCUUCGGGAUCACCAGCCUGUUCAACUUCCCCACGUCGCUCGGCGUCAGCGGCUUCUCGAACAUCUGCUCCCUCUCCUCCUGCACCAUUGGGUCCACUCCACUCCAAGAAGAAGAAGAAGAAGAAGAAGAAGAAGAUGAGGCCGGGAGAAUAGUUUGGUUUGUGAAUUGCUCCUACCCUAAGCUCUGGAGACUAACCUUCUGCUCUCGUGGGGAGUACCAAGAAAGCUGGGGAGAGAGAGAGAGAGAGAGAGAGAGAGAGAGAGAGAGAGAGAGAGAGAGAGAGAGAGAGAGAGAGAGACCAAGAUGAGGAGAAGCUUCCAGGAGCUGCUACUAACCUAG